CUGAGCCAGCCUGCAUUAGCUCAGCUCUCAGGCACUCUCAGUCUCUGCUGGAAAGAGGACCUGGGAGGAUGUGCGCUCUCUUACCGCGGCUCCCCACGGCACGCCGAGAAGACCGACAGAAAUAAGGGAAGAAAGGCGAACUGAGAGACGAGGAGUCCUCCCAGAUCAAGCUGAGGGACCACGAGGGGGAAGGGAGCCUGCCUAUUGCCCGUCUGAAGCCCCCGCGCCGUUUUGGAAGUGCCAGAGAUUUGGGCCUUUUCCUUUUCUUCUGCGUUGUUCCCUUCCACAGACCAAGCUUUCUUCCUCCUCCUGCUUUUUACUUUCCUCCCCCGCGCCUUCCUUUCGGUGGAUAUGGACAGAAGGGUGAUUACUGCAGAGAAGCAGCAGCCGCCAGAACAUAUUUGAGCCCGUGGUGCUCGGAGCGUGGCACAGACUUUUUGUAUUUCUGUGGGUGGCGUGUGCGUGUGUGUGAGUGAGUGUGUGUGGUGGAGGUGUGGGAGGCGGGAUUGGUUUGCCUGGGGGGUUGGCUGAGGGGGUGAGUGCUCGGAUGAAGACCUCUUUUUGCUGUGACUCUCUGCUCCAUCGGGGCAUCUUGGAGACUUGGAGGUUUUGAAAUUGUAACGAACCAAGAGAAAAGAAAGAAGAGAGAGACACGCAUACAAAAGGAUUUAUUUCCUAUUCGUUAGUGGAUUGUUAAACCUGAGUGGGAAGGAGAAAAAAAACAAGGGUGGGUUGUUUUAUUGUGGUCAUAAUUUUUUUCCUAAAAAAAAAUCCCUUAAGUGGAUUUAUACCAGGGUGGAAGAUAACUGGGGAUUUUUGUUGUUUGUUUUUGGGAAUAGAAACUAAAAAAUGGAGACUGUAAGUAGAAGCAGCUUCCAGCCUCAUCCAGGACUGCAGAAGACCUUGGAACAGUUUCAUCUGAGCUCUAUGAGCUCCCUGGGUGGCCCUGCUGCUUUCUCAGCACGAUGGGCACAGGAGAUGUAUAAGAAAGACAAUGGCAAAGACCCAGCAGAACCUGUACUGCAUCUGCCCCCUAUCCAGCCUCCUCCGGUAAUGCCUGGUCCCUUCUUCAUGCCCUCGGACAGAUCCACCGAGAGGUGCGAGACCAUCCUGGAAGGGGAAACCAUCUCCUGCUUCGUGGUGGGUGGAGAGAAGCGGCUUUGCUUGCCCCAGAUCCUGAACUCGGUGCUCAGGGACUUCUCCCUGCAGCAGAUUAAUUCGGUGUGUGAUGAGCUACAUAUUUACUGCUCCAGAUGCACUGCUGACCAGCUGGAAAUCCUCAAAGUCAUGGGCAUCCUGCCCUUCUCUGCUCCUUCCUGCGGGCUCAUCACUAAAACUGAUGCGGAGAGGCUUUGUAAUGCCUUGCUUUAUGGUGGCACCUAUCCUCCCCACUGCAAGAAGGAAUUCUCUAGCACAAUUGAGCUGGAGCUUACAGAGAAGAGCUUCAAGGUGUAUCAUGAGUGCUUUGGGAAGUGUAAGGGACUCUUGGUGCCAGAGCUUUACAGUAACCCCAGCGCAGCCUGCAUCCAGUGCUUGGACUGCAGGCUUAUGUACCCACCUCACAAAUUUGUGGUCCACUCUCACAAAUCGCUGGAAAACAGGACUUGCCAUUGGGGCUUUGACUCUGCAAACUGGAGAUCCUAUAUCCUCCUCAGCCAGGAUUACACUGGGAAAGAGGAGAAAGCUAGACUGGGCCAGCUCUUAGAUGAAAUGAAAGAAAAAUUUGACUAUAACAACAAAUACAAGAGGAAAGCCCCCAGGGUCCCUUCAGAUCCUCCUGCUUCCAAAAAGCCCAAAAUAGAUGACUCCGCUUCCCAAUCUCCAGCUUCUACUGAGAAGGAAAAACAGUCCAGUUGGUUACGGUCCUUAUCCAGUUCAUCUAACAAGAGUAUUGGCUGUGUCCAUCCCCGUCAGCGUCUCUCAGCUUUCCGGCCCUGGUCCCCUGCUGUAUCAGCAAAUGAGAAAGAGCUCUCAACCCAUCUUCCCGCAUUGAUCCGAGACAGUUUUUACUCCUACAAAAGCUUUGAGAAUGCUGUGGCCCCCAAUGUGGCACUGGCGCCUCCAGCCCAACAGAAAAUUGUGAGCAACCCGCCCUGUGCCACAGUAGUAUCACGGAGCAGUGAGCCACUGAGCAGCACUGUCCAGCCACGGAAAAGAAAACUUGCUGCAGAGAACACAGCUAUCCCAGAAGCAGCCGCCACUGUUGCAGCCACUGUUACUGCCACUGAAGAGGAUAAGGAAUCAGAAGCAGAAAUUGAAGUAGAAACCAGGGAAGAGUUCACCUCCUCCUUAUCCUCGCUCUCCUCCCCAUCCUUUACUUCAUCCAGCUCUGCAAAGGACAUGAGCUCACCUGGGAUGCAAGCCCCAGUCACAGUCAACAGUUCAUAUGAGGUUGCAACACAUUCUGACUCUCACAGCAGCGGGUUGGAGGCUGAGCUGGAGCACCUAAGGCAGGCCCUGGACAGUGGCCUAGAUACAAAAGAAGCCAAAGAAAAAUUCCUCCAUGAAGUUGUUAAAAUGAGAGUGAAGCAGGAAGAGAAGCUAAAUGCUGCCUUGCAAGCCAAACGCAGUCUGCAUCAGGAGUUGGAGUUCCUAAGAGUGGCUAAGAAGGAGAAACUGAGAGAAGCAACAGAGGCAAAGCGCAACUUAAGGAAAGAGAUUGAACGUCUGAGAGCUGAGAAUGAGAAGAAGAUGAAGGAAGCCAAUGAGUCUCGGAUACGACUGAAGAGGGAACUGGAACAAGCCAGGCAGAUCCGGGUGUGUGACAAGGGCUGCGAAGCCGGCAGGCUGCGGGCCAAGUACUCGGCCCAGAUUGAGGACCUACAGGUUAAGCUUCAGCAUGCAGAAGCUGACAGGGAGCAGCUCCGAGCUGACCUGAUGCAUGAAAGGGAGGCUCGGGAACACUUGGAAAAAGUAGUCAAGGAACUUCAGGAACAACUGUGGCCUAAAUCAAGCAGCCAGCCCAGCAGUGAAAACACAGCAAGCCACCUGGAGAACUAACCUGCUGCCCGCCACAGCUGGGGUGAGAGGUGCACAGUAAGGGAGGACGUGUGGGGUACGUGUGUAAGUGCAUGUGUGAGUAGUUGUGUCUGGGCACACACACCUAUGAAUAUGGAUUCUUAGUAGUUGGAAGGCAAAUGUUACUCUCUAUAACAGAAGCACUGAAUUACGCCUCUUUUUUCCCAAUCCAUAUAGCACAACAUCUUACUGUGCCUAUAAAACACAAAGUGUUUAUAAACAAAAUACUUUUAAGUCCACAGCAAAUUUUCUACUGGCAAACUCCAAGCAAGCAGCAUCCUCCAACUAAAAUCAGAGUCAAAGGCAAGCAUGGCCAUGUUUUUAUGUUGCCCUUCUGCCUGUUGGGACAUUUUGGAAUUUAAAAACAAACUUUUCUUAUAAGCUAUUUAAAAUAAUUCAUUACACAGACUUGGUAUUAAAAAAUCCACAAGAUUUUUAUAAUGAACCUUUAAAAGCAAAACAAAAGAAACCUUCGAUGCACAAUUUUUAAUGACUUGUUAUAGGCGCUGGGAUUCUUAACGUCGAAGCCCGCUGGUGAUGAUGCCAUUUCAUUAGCAGUUUUCCAGCCAUCUAGGAAGCCAUCGCAGUUUUAAACCCGUCACGUGGUUGUAGGAGAAUUUCAGAGUACUUUUCAAAGUUGAUUUUUCCUUAGCAAGAAUUAUCUUCAUUUCCUGUCCUGAACACAAGAAGAAAGGAAGAUGCAGGAUCAUGAAGGGGUGGGGGGAGGGGGAGAGGUAUGCUUUAGGAUUACAAACCCAGCCUUACAGCCUGCCCUGUUUGCAAACCACGCCAUCUUUUCUAAAGACAUCUUCAUCAAUCGAUGUGUUCAAAAGACUCACUUCAUCCAAGAGCACUUCAGCUUUAGGAAAAGAAAGAAGGAAAUGGAGGAUCCGUUAAGUCGGUUGAGAAAUAAAGCAGAAGACACAUGCGUUUCAAAGUCAUUCUGAAAUCUUCAGCUUUCAGUUUUCUGGAAAACUCAUCUUUGUUGCACCAUCUUACCAUAAAUUCAGUAUUUACCUGCUUUUAUUAUGAACUGUCGGUCAGGAUUUCUGUGCCCAAGGAGAGCGUAACAUCGCAUUAUCGGAUACUACAGAAAAGAAAAACAACAUUUUUGCUGCUGUGAAUAAGCCUACAUUUGGAAAAAAAAAAAAAAAAAGAAACUUUUUUGUUUUCAAAAAGAGAAAUUACUUUAAUUUUGGGAUCCAAGCCGCAGCCCCGGAAUAAAAAUGCAGCAUGCCAUCACUUUGUCUUACUGUUGGUGUUGUUGUUGAUUUGUUUUUUUUUAAAAACUGCACUUUGUCAAAAUCUUACUCUGCAUUUUAUUCCAUAUUUCUAAAGUUUACAAGUUGAGCAUUCUAGAUUCUCCCCUGCUGGACAGAUGUGAAAAUCAGCAACGUGAUUUUCCACCAUCUGACACUCACAGCAUCGGUGACGUUUUUGCAGACUGAGGAUUCCGCAGGUAGAGAACGUGUGUGGGGUUCCAAACCCGUUCUGCCUGGCUCUGUACCACCGCCGGCGGUGGGAAGCAGUAGAGCUGCUCCCGGCCGUGCUUAACAAAUACAGUUGGUGCUUUACUGAACAAGAGAAAAGUUCUUUUCACCCACAAACACUCACCUCUUGCACACUCAAGUUUAUCAGCACGAAGUGAAAAUUUGACCUGGGGCUGCAGAUGUGCCUUCCAGCUCAUUUUUCCUCUCAGCAUCUUACAUAGGCAAUGCUGACACUUUUUUACCUUAAGGAAUAAAAAAUAAAAAAAUAUUAAAAAAUAAAACCCUAUGCAUCAUCCUACACAGAAGUUACUCUAAACAAAGGAACAUAUUUCCAGUAAUCUUAUUUGCUUUUGGACAUUAAUACAAACUAUGUAAGCUUGAAAAUUAUUUUCCGGUAGACAAAAAGCGGCUUUCAAUCCUAAAAUUAUAGUAUUUACUUUCAGUACAUUAGAGAUUAUUUUUUUUUUUUUUAAAACAAAACAAGAGCUGUUUGCUUGAAACCAUUAUAAUCAUUAUAAUAACUGUGAGCAUUAACAAAGAAGUUCAUAUAUAUGUUUUAGGUACAAAAAGAAGAAAUAUGAACGGAGUAAAAUUACUGGGACAAUGUAAAAGUGUUGGGAGCAAGAACCAGUGACAUCAGGCAAAGGACACGAAGCUGUGGGGGGAUGCAGGGGUUGGCCCUGUGCGUGUGGGAUGCUGGAGACUGAGGCUAGGUGCAGAUCUCCUUCUAAAGUGCAAUGCAAAAGGAAUUUUGAUUAUGCUUAAGCAGGUUUUUUUUAAUGUGGGGUUUGUUUUUUUUUUUUUUGCUUCUUUGUAUGUUUUUUCUGCGAUUAUUAAAUCAUAUGCAUGGAAUUAAAAUCUCUGCCAUACGUAUAUUCAUUAAUGGGCAUUAUUACUGUCUUAUGUAAAGGGUUUGUUUUGUUACGCAGUAUGCAUAAAAAUGUUCUCAGCCUUAUGAUUUCCAGAUCUGUAUUAUUCACUUAUUUCUUCAAGGGAAACUAAAUAAUUUUAGCUGUAGUUGAUCAUUGUGCAUUUCAAAGUCUCAAGCUAUGCUUUACUGCCAUGGUAAGAAAUUACACAGAGAACAACUGUAUCCCCACCCCCCAUAAGCUGCUUCAAAGCUUUUUCACGUGUUGUUUGGGGCUUUGUCCCCCCAUCUUGGAUGGUGUCUGUCCCCUUACGAUGCAGCAGAAGGCGGCACCGUGGCUCCCUCUGGUUUUUCACAGGAGGAGCAGGGCACUUAGCUGUGGCACACCACAGCUUUUCUUUCUUGGGUGCCUGGGGAAGCAAACUGAUGCACUGGCACAAUUUCUUUGGUGCAUGGGAUGCUUUUAUCCUCCAAAAUUAAUGAAAUCUGCAUUAUUUUUUUCCCAAGGAAAAACAGAACAGUAAAUAGUGUUAUCAACAAUAAAUAGCCUUGUCAACCAACCAGCAACACCUGUGCCUCACACACCAGUGGGAUGAGAUUCUUUAGAAAGAAGUCUCCAAAAUAGUUACAACUGUUGUAACAAAGCCCUGGCUUCAUUUGCCACACACUGUGGUCAUUGUGACGUGUCGUAUAUGACAAAUGAACUUGACAAUGUCUGAGGUUAAGACUCGAUCAUAUUUGAGCCUUGGGAGGGAAAAACUUCCUAGUAAAAAUAUUUCUAUAAAUUAAGGCUUAAAAUCAGUAAGACUAAAUAAGGUGCAAGAAGACUGGGAACAAACGUUCUAUACCAGCAGUUAAUCAACAGGAGAGGUUUACAGGAUAGUAGUCUUAUCUUCAAUAAUUGUGUCUUUCCUAAAUACAUUUUAACAAGAUAAUCUUUAUUUCUGCAGAAUACAUAAUUUCUAAUUCAAAAUUCCUCCACAUGUAAUUUUAAAGUUGUCACAAGAUGGCCACAGGGACACUAAUUCUAGAAAAUGGCUGUCAAAACAGUGGGAAUCUUCAGGGGAAAACCACCCCGUUGUGAAGGUGCUGAAGGUGAGGGAGUUCUGUGUGUAAUUUCUGUGCGUGCAGCACGUCACCCCCCAGCCGCCCGCGCGGGUGCCCCUGCUGCUCCCCGGCCCCCCAGCGCGGGAGCGGGAACCUCGCCUCUUCCCAUUUCAUCUGCGCUUUAGUUUCCUUUAAGAAGUUAAAAGGGAGAAGAGGUGUUUCAUACAGGCUGUUGACUCUCCCUGUACUUAAAAAUAUAUUACUUAGUACUUGUAUAUUCAGUUUAAUUACUCAUUGUUUCUAUUACUGAAAGAAGACUUAACGAAGGGAAAAAAAAAAAACAACAGCAAUAACAUUCAUAUCUAUGGAGCAGCUAACUAGUAUACAUAAUAUUCUGCUUUUCAAACAGAACUAGCCAAUGUAAAGAAAAAAAAAGUUAAAAGUAAAUUCAACAUGUAAAUACUUUUUUUCAUUUUACACUGUUGUAUUAUAAGUGUAUAUGGUGUUUACUUUUUCAAAACUCUUUCUUACCUGGUAGUUGUCUUGUUUUAUGAGUUGUGUUUUUAACUAAGAAGAACCUUUGCUGUCUGUUAGGAAAAAAACAAAACAAAAUCUUUUUGCAAGUUUUAAAUGUGGGUUAACCUUUCUCCAUCAUUUGCAUUUUUUUGUCCUUAUUUUCACUGUAAAGUAUUUUAUUACCAAAAGGUUGAUUUUCUUUCCAUUCUGCCCUCUCAUCAGUCCAUGUGUUUUAGAGAGAAGUUUUUUGUUGGUUUGGUUGUUUUGUUUUGGGUUUUGUUUUGUUUUGUUUUUUAAAUCAAAAAGAACUCACAGAAAUGACAUUUUUUCAAUUGAAGAAAAAUAAAUCUUUACAUUUAUAAUAGCCAAUAGCAUUUCAGCACAUUUUUGUUAUCCUGGUCUCUCCUAUGCUGCUGCUAAUGACAAUAUUAUGACUUACUCUACUAUUCUAGAACUAUUUUUAUGUAAGUAAUGUAUGCUUUCUUGUUUAUAAAUGCCUGAUUUAAAAAAAAAAUAAGAAAAAAGCUUGGCAUAUUUAUCUAUUUCGCUGUGUACCUUGAUAGUCCUUUUCCACCCCCUUUUCCACAUCCCCUCCCCCUGAAGCAGAUAAUAUUGUAAAAUAAAGGACUUUAUGAGAUUAUGUAUGAAAAUAGCUAUGCUUAUAUACCACAGUGACUGAAUGUACAGUGUAUAGACGCAUUACCUAAAAUAAAAUUGUUUGUCCAGAAAAAAA